AAAUCCGGGGCGUGGUCCCACUAUGCUCCCGACCCCAGCCUGGGCAGGAAGCGCCGGCUCCGGGGGAAGCCAACCCAGAGACACAGACGGAAGUGGGUGACCGGAGCUCUAGCAGCAGCCGCGAUGGGCGCAGCCGUGAGCCUAUGGAGAGCGGAGGUGUUCCCGCUUCCACCAAUGGAAAGCCAAUCUAGGCGGGCCUUUGCAAAUUGCCCUAGUAACGGCCGCAUGGUAACUCAGGCGCCGGGCGCACUGUCCUAGCUGCUGGUUUUCCACGCUGGUUUUAGCUCCCGGCGUCUGCAAAAUGAAGAUUGAGGAGGUGAAGAGCACUACGAAGACGCAGCGCAUCGCCUCCCACAGCCACGUGAAAGGGCUGGGGCUGGACGAGAGCGGCUUGGCCAAGCAGGCGGCCUCAGGGCUUGUAGGCCAGGAGAACGCGCGAGAGGCAUGUGGCGUCAUAGUAGAAUUAAUCAAAAGCAAGAAAAUGGCUGGAAGAGCUGUCUUGUUGGCAGGACCUCCUGGAACUGGCAAGACAGCUCUGGCUCUGGCUAUUGCUCAGGAGCUGGGUAGUAAGGUCCCCUUCUGCCCAAUGGUGGGGAGUGAAGUUUACUCAACUGAGAUCAAGAAGACAGAGGUGCUGAUGGAGAACUUCCGCAGGGCCAUUGGGCUGCGAAUAAAGGAGACCAAGGAAGUUUAUGAAGGUGAAGUCACAGAGCUAACUCCGUGUGAGACAGAGAAUCCCAUGGGAGGAUAUGGCAAAACCAUUAGCCAUGUGAUCAUAGGACUCAAAACAGCCAAAGGAACCAAACAGCUGAAACUGGACCCCAGCAUUUUUGAAAGUUUGCAGAAAGAGCGAGUAGAAGCUGGAGAUGUGAUUUACAUUGAAGCCAACAGUGGGGCCGUGAAGAGGCAGGGCAGGUGUGAUACCUAUGCCACAGAAUUCGACCUUGAAGCUGAAGAGUAUGUCCCCUUGCCAAAAGGGGAUGUGCACAAAAAGAAAGAAAUCAUCCAAGAUGUGACCUUGCAUGACUUGGAUGUGGCUAAUGCGCGGCCCCAGGGGGGACAAGAUAUCCUGUCCAUGAUGGGCCAGCUAAUGAAGCCAAAGAAGACAGAAAUCACAGACAAACUUCGAGGGGAGAUUAAUAAGGUGGUGAACAAGUACAUCGACCAGGGCAUUGCUGAGCUGGUCCCGGGUGUGCUGUUUGUUGAUGAGGUCCACAUGCUGGACAUUGAGUGCUUCACCUACCUGCACCGCGCCCUGGAGUCUUCUAUCGCUCCCAUCGUCAUCUUUGCAUCCAACCGAGGCAACUGUGUCAUCAGAGGCACUGAGGACAUCACAUCCCCUCACGGCAUCCCUCUUGACCUUCUGGACCGAGUGAUGAUAAUCCGGACCAUGCUGUAUACUCCGCAGGAAAUGAAACAGAUCAUUAAAAUCCGUGCCCAGACGGAAGGAAUCAACAUCAGUGAGGAGGCACUGAACCACCUGGGGGAGAUUGGCACCAAGACCACACUGAGGUACUCAGUGCAGCUGCUGACCCCAGCCAACUUGCUUGCUAAAAUCAACGGGAAGGACAGCAUUGAGAAAGAGCAUGUCGAAGAGAUCAGUGAACUUUUCUAUGAUGCCAAGUCCUCCGCCAAAAUCCUGGCUGACCAGCAGGAUAAGUACAUGAAGUGAGAUGGCUGAGAUUUUCAGCAGCAAGAGACUCCCCAGGUGUGCCUGGCCUGGGUCCGGCCUGUGGGCGCUUGCCCCUGGGCUUGGGGCUGCUGUCCCCACUCAGGCGUGGUCUGCAGCGCUGUCAGUUCAGUGUGGAAAGCAUUUCUUUUUAAGUUAUCGUAACUGUUCCUGUGGUUGCUUUGAAAGAACCUUUCCUUACCUGGUGUGUUUUCUAUAAAUCUUCAUAGGUUAUUUUGAUUCUCUCUCUCUCUCUCUCUAAGUUUUUUAAAAAUAAACUUUUCAGAACAGUU